GUAAAAUAAAAACCAUAAACAGUGCGUUGUUAUGGCAACGUAUACUGUCAUGGUGGAUAAAAAAUAAUUUAUGUUUGAGUGAAGAGGUUUUCCGCUAUCAAACUCACCAAAUUACUGACUGUAUGAAGUUAAAAGGCAAAGUGAUAAAAUAUAGUCAUGUCUCAAUCUGCAUCUGGAUGGGGAAAGAAAGCAGCAACACGAAUAGAUCGAACGCAGUUUGAUAACGAUGAACUACUGAAAUCUCUCGGUUCACAGUUUAAUGUAGAUUUUUCUAACUAUGAUCAAUGGCAGAGAACAUCCCGAAGCAACAAAUCUCCAGCAGCUAAAACUGCCUCUAAUGCAGAUGUGUCAACAACUUUUACUGUAAGUCGCUUAAAAUCCAUUGACUCUUCAUGUGCUAAACACAGCUCGUUCAGAGAAAAACGACAGGCUGCAAAACAAGAAGAACUUGAUAGAGAGGAAGCUGAGAGGAUAAAAAUUCUUGAGUUGAGAAUUCGAACACGGAGAAAAACUUAUGGAGAAUAUGUGAAGAGAUGCAAGGAAUUGAUAAUUGAAAAUAACAAAUUGAAAGAUUUAAUAGACGCAGAUGAAGAUAAUACUCAUGGUGGUGUUAAAAAUUUGUUACGGAGAUACGAGCGUUAUCGAGGUGGUAUCGCAACACUGAAUAACAAUUUUACCAAAGAACUAGAAGAGGCCUUGGAAGAACUUAGUGUUACCAAAGAGAAAAUAAAAAGACAUAUAGAUAUUUUAGAACAAGAAUUAGCUGUGAUGAAUGAAAAAUUAACAGCAAAGCAAGAUGAAUUAAAAGUGUUGCUAAGUUACAAGGAUAAAGAAUAUCCUGUAAAAGCCAUGAAAAUAGCGGGACUACAUACUGAGAUUGACAAUCUUAAACUCAGUAAUAAAGAGGAUCAGGAUGAAUUACAGCAUAUCAUUAACACUGAAGAAGGAAAAUACGAGAAAAGUCGGGAACAGGAAUCAAAUGAAAUCACCAGAAAUGUUACGGACAGCGCUGUUAAGAUGAUGCAUCAAAGUUUAAAAGAUAUGGCUUUUCAAAAUAUGGUCAUGGAAAAGGAAAUUUUAAUUCAUUCAAGUCAGGAAGAAGGCUUACAACAGAGGACAGCUAAAUUACAAGCUGAGAUUGAUGCUUUACGCGGCAACAAAACAAACAUUCGUUUACAGAUGUUUCCCGAAUUCUAUGUGGAUAGACCGAAAUGUACUCCAGAUAUGGAUGUGAUAUUAAAUAUACCAACCCAAGAAUUGUUACCUAUAUAAAUUUUGUCAGGUCUUUCCAUAGGUCAAUAGGUCAGAUGCAGAUGAUAACUGCUGAGUAUGUGCUAGAUGUUGUGAUAGUGUAUGGAUGAUGAUUAUAACUUUAAGCAAUAUAUUUUGUAACCUCCUAAAUAAAACCCAUGUACAUUUGUACUGUAUUUAUGUCAUUUGAAACAAAAAAAUCAGAACUUCAAUAGAUAAUCAGGAAUAUUUUUAUUAUACCAGUACCCCACUCAUUGUAAAAUCUUAUACACCAAAAUUCAAUAUGUGACAUAUAUGUUCACUGGUUCCAUUAAGUGCUGCUAACCUGCCAGUUUCAAGCACCCACCCCGCUCAUUUGCUUACCUAACGUCAAUGUAAGAUAAACAUAAUGUGGGCUGUACAUGUGACAUAAAAGUAAACUAACAAAGUACUUUUAGAUGCAAUCUGAUUAAAACACAGAUCCUAUUAAAAAAAUUCAUUUCUUUUUUUAUAGUUCCAAAUUUCGUUUUACUUGUCUUUACUACACUAGGAUCUGGAAGAGUUGUUAUAUAAUUGGCAUUCUCGAUAAUGUAAAGGAUUAGUCAAUGAAACGUUCUGUUACAGGGAGUUUUUGGCGUGAGGUGCACGGAUCUGUGGGUAACCCAUGGGAAAAUCAAUACUGAUUGGUUAGUCAAAUGUCUGACAUCAUAGGGUCAAAAGCCUCUCGCAUGACGUUUGACGCAAUCUUUCACUACAACCAGUCAGAUUUUCAUGUAGGAUAGGCCAUCAAAAGUAUAAAAAAAAACCCAACGAAAUAUAGAUCUGUAUUUUAAUCAGAUUGUUUUAGAUGAUUUUAUUUUUGAUUUCAUUGUUGAAAGUACCCAUAUUUUGGAUCAAUCUUUUUAAUGCGCCUUGGUAGUUUACUUUGAAUAUGAUAAUAAUACCACAACAAAAUUUUAUCUAAUUUCUUUAAUGAAUAGAAAGUGGUAAGGUGUUUUAAAAGGAGUGUGUAUUGAUUAUCAAGGCCAUCUAUCUCAAUAAUAAUACUGUUUUUGGGUUGGUUUUUUUUUUACAAAUUAGAAGAUAUAGACAGACAAGUCAAUGUACAUCUAUUGUAUUUUAACAGUACUGGAUUACUGGUGUGCUUCAGAAUCUAAAUGGCACAAAUAAGUGUUAUGUGAACAAGUGACUUGGUAAAAUGGUAGAACCUAAUUAUAAGAAGUUCAACUGUUUCCUCAUCUCACAGUUGAUAAUACAUCUAAGGGACAUAAUUUUGGGCCUAUCUAUAGUCAGUUGAAUAAAUUCAAGAAUUGGAUUUUUUUGUUCAGGUUGUGGGUGGAGGUGUUUGUUAUAUUAUCUACCCUUGUUUUAUUUUUAAUACUACAUCUAUCCUCAGUAUCCCCUGUGGUCUCAUUCUGUUAGUGGAGUAGAACGGAAUAAGACCACUGGGGAUACCUAAGGAUGUCUACAUAUCUUCUUAAUGAUUUUUAUUGAUGUCAUGACAAACAAUGUUCUGUGUUCUUAUAUGCUGUGUUGGUUUGUUAAAACUUUUCUUUUGAACACUAUGCACACACAGUUCUGGUAGUAUUUUUUAAAAAAAAAUAGGACUUUGUUCACUUUGGUCUGAAGUGGAGAGAAAAGUGAUUUAACGUCCACUCGACAUAUGUGAUACAAUUUUAUUUUAAUAAUUUGCUGCAUGUUAAUAGAGCUGAAGGAAACCAGAAGACCUGGAGAAAACCCAUGAGGUUGAGCAGGUGACCUACUCCUCGUCACACACAAGCUUGGGAUUAAAACUUGACUCAAUUAUAGACCUUAUGAUUUAAUAAUAAGUGCACACUUUAAAUGAAUAGAAACUGCAAACUUUAGAUCACUUGACCCAUCUAUCUAAAUUCAAAAUGUUUUGAAAACCUGAUGGGAUUGUUCGAUUGUGGGCCCAAGAAGGUACCAUAAUCAGGGUAUUUUUAAUCUUGUAGUGCAGCAGAGUAAGCGUUACAUAAAGAAAGGCAGACUAGAAAUUUUUUUUGCUGUGUCGCUCCAGCUGUGGUAGGCCUCUACUAUGACUAGGAACUUUAUUUGACUGCCUGCAGCUGUUUAUACCCUCUUUACCAUAUCUGCAUUAACAUCAAUUGUUUAGGAUUUACAUGUAUAUUUAUUGUUUAGGAUUUACAAUUUACAUGUAUAUUUAUUAUAUAAAAAUAUUCUUUUAUUUUUGGCAAUGGGUUUUGUAAAAUAUUUUUACAUUUUGAUUAUGGUAUUGUUAAUAAAACAAUAUAAAUAAUA